UAAUUUUUCAAUCCAGCGAUACAUUAAAUUGUAGAAUAUUUAAAUGUUUGAAAAUAUUGAACUUUAUAAGAGUAAAGAUGAUGUACGAUGAUACCAGCUUGCCAGCAUCUCCAGUUUUGGAUUUUCAAAUUAAUCCAUUAAGGCACAGAUUUCCAUUUUGUAUAGUUUGGACACCGAUUCCUAUAUUAACAUAUUUAUUUCCUUUCAUCGGGCACAUGGGCAUUGCAACAUCUGAUGGUAUCAUUCGAGAUUUUGCAGGAGCAUAUAUUGUAACGAAGGAUAAAAUGGCAUUUGGAUGGCCAACAAAAUAUUGGCAACUUCAAUGUACAAAGGCAAAAGGAAAGAUACAAGGAUGGGAUGAUGCAGUUAACGAAGCAAGCGAACUUUAUUCAGAAAGAAUUCACAAUUUAUUACGUGAUAAUUGCCAUUCGCACGUUGCAAAGGCACUAAAUCUGAUGUCCUACGAUAAUUCAACCGAUUGGAAUAUGGUUAAACUAGCAUUUCAUAUGUUCUUUUAUGGAAAAUACGUUGGUUUUUCAGGAAUUUUGAAAACCUGGACACCAUUUUUAGUAACCAUUACUAUAAUUAUAUUUCUUUCUAUUUUAUAAUGAAAA